AUGGAGGUGCAAGUUAUGAAAAAAGGUCUCCCAGGUCACGUGGCAGCAGCUGAUGAGCGUGAUGAUGGAUGUUCGUCUUGCUUAGCUUGGCAACCACUCAGUGAUCAAAGCCUCAACGAAUUUCUUGCAACGAAGAAUGAAAAUAUUGGUCAUCAAAAUAAUGGCACAGUUUAG